AUGUCGUCGUCGUCUGCAAUGCCGUCGUCUCCCUUGGGCAGGGUCGGCGGUGCGACACGAAGCACAGACCAGAAUCGUCUCGACCCGCUCGCCUUCGGCAGGACCAACACCACAGGAGCUGGCAGCAACGCUCAGCGCGCAUUCACGCCAGGCACAUCCGAAGCGGGCUCGCUCAACCUCGAGCGCCAGCUGCGCGGACAAUACGAAGAUGACGCCAGCACCGUCAACGGAGAGCUUUCGCGACCCAUGGACGAGGACUCCACACCCCGUCGACCUCGUCCUCGUGCCGCGGUCGACACACAAGACAUUCCGCCCGUCGUCGACGAGGUGGGUGAGCGCGUGCGCGAGGGCUUUGCGCAGUUCCUCGAGAGCUUCGUCGACCAGCCCCUCUCCGGAUCGCCCGACCCCAACGGCGAAAAGGUGCAGGACCCGCUCUACAUCGACCAGAUCUAUGCGUUGCGCGACUACAACCGCACCACGCUCUUCGUCGACUUUAGCCACAUCCUGCGCCAUGACGAGGUGCUCGCCCGUGCCGUCAGCGACCAGUACUACCGCUUCGUCCCCUACCUCCGCCGCGCCCUCCUCGAUCUGGUCAACACCUACGUGCCCAACUACCUCUACCUCAACGCCCACGUCGCCGCCACCGCCGCCACCGGCCUCAUCCCGCGCGACUUCUCCGUCUCCUUCUACAACCUCGGCCUCGUCUCGGGCAUCCGCGACCUGCGCACCGACCGCGUCGGCAAGCUCGUCUCGAUCAGCGGCACCGUGACGCGCACGAGCGAGGUCAGGCCCGAGCUGCUCUACGGCGCCUUCACGUGCAACACCUGCCAGACCACCGUGCGCGACGUCGAGCAGCAGUUCAAGUACACCGAGCCCAUCAUGUGCAGGAAUCCCGUAUGCCAGAACAGGCGCGAGUGGCAGCUCAACGUCGACCAGAGCCGAUUCUGCGACUGGCAGAAGGUGCGCAUCCAGGAAAACGCCAACGAGAUCCCUACGGGCAGCAUGCCCCGCAGCCUCGACGUCAUCCUCCGCUCCGAGGUCGUCGAGCGCGCAAAGGCCGGCGACAAGUGCAUCUUCACCGGUACAUUCAUCGUCGUGCCCGACGUGUCGCAGCUCGGCGUUCCAGGCGUCAAUGCGCAGAUCCAGAGGGAGGCCCAGGGCGGCCGACCUGCCGAGGGCGUCAACGCGCAGGGUGUCUCGGGCCUCAAGAGCCUCGGUGUGCGCGACUUGACCUACAAGACCGCCUUCCUCGCGUGCAUGGUGCAGAGCGCUGACGCGCGCGGAGGCAACGACAUCCGUGCCGACUUUACCGACGACAACGAGGAUCCCGAAACACUCAUGGACUCGCUCACCGAGGCCGAGCGAGACGAGCUCGAGGCCAUGGUCAUGUCCGAAGACAUCUACAGCCGUCUUGUGCAGUCGAUCGCGCCGACCGUGUACGGUCACGACAUUGUCAAGAAGGGUAUCCUGCUGCAGCUCAUGGGCGGCGUGCACAAGCAGACUCGCGAGGGCAUGCGCCUGCGUGGCGACAUCAACAUCUGCAUCGUCGGCGACCCCUCGACGAGCAAGUCGCAGUUCCUCAAGUACGUCUGUGGCUUCAUGCCGCGCGCCGUCUACACGUCCGGCAAGGCCUCGUCCGCCGCCGGUCUCACGGCCGCCGUGGUCAAGGACGAGGAGACGGGCGAGUUCACGAUCGAGGCAGGUGCGCUCAUGCUCGCCGACAACGGCAUCUGCGCCAUCGACGAAUUCGACAAGAUGGACGUGGCGGAUCAGGUGGCCAUCCACGAGACCAUGGAGCAGCAGACCAUCAGUAUCGCCAAGGCGGGUAUCCAGGCGACGCUGAAUGCGCGCACGUCCAUCCUGGCCGCCGCCAACCCGGUGGGCGGAAGAUACAACCGCAAGCAGACGCUGCGAGCCAACGUGGCCAUGUCGGCGCCCAUCAUGUCGCGUUUCGACCUGUUCUUUGUGGUGCUCGACGAGUGCAACGAGGCGGUGGACAUGAACAUUGCACAGCACAUUGUCAACGUUCACCGCUUCCGCGAUGCGGCGAUCGACCCGGAGUUUAGCACCGAGGCGAUCCAGCGCUACAUCCGCUACGCACGCACGUUCCAGCCCAAGCUGACGCCGGAGGCGAGCGAUUUGCUGGUGGACAAGUACCGUCAGCUGCGCCAGGACGAUUCGGGCCCGGGCAAAAACUCGUACCGCAUCACCGUGCGUCAGCUGGAGAGCAUGAUCCGUCUGUGCGAGGCCAUCGCGCGUGCCAACUGCCGCCACGAAAUCACGCCGGCGUUUGUGCGCGAGGCGUACUCGCUGCUGCGCCAGUCCAUCAUCCACGUCGAAAAGGACGACAUCGACUUUGACGACGAGGAGGAGCAACAGCAGCAGCAAAACUCGCCACUCAAGAGGGCGGCGACCACACAGCCAUCGUCGUCGCUCGGAGCGAUGGACGAGGACUCGAUGGAUCCCAACGGCGCGUCGAUGCGCCAGGCCUCUUCGGCGGCUGCUACGGGCGGCGCGACAGGCGAGAUGGCCGCGUCCUCGGGAGCGUCGAGACGCAAGAUCCGCAUCACGUUCGACCGGUACAUGGAGAUCACCAGCCUGGUGGUGCUGCGGGUCAACGAGGUGGAGCGUCAGACGAUGCGCGGCGUGCUCAAGUCCGAGCUGGUCGACUGGUACCUGCUGCAGCGCGAAAACGAGAUGGAAACGGUCGAGCAGUUCGAGGAGGAGACCGAGCUGAUCAAGAAGGUGCUCAGCCGACUCGUCAAGGACUCGUACCUGCUCGAGAUCCGCGAGUCGAUCGACGACGAGGGCAACCCCAUCACCGGCACCGACGUGACCGCCAGCGGCGUGCAGGGCUCGGCCGCCGAUCCCGUGCUCAUGGUGCAUCCGCAGGUGGACAUCGACAGCAUCGGCGCCACCACCUCGACUGCCUGA